AUGGCUCCUAAACAGGAUACCCCCUUCCGCUCGGCGGACAUGAGCAUGGUGCAGCUCUAUGUCUCCAACGAAAUUGGCCGUGAGGUUGUUACCGCGCUGGGAGAGCUUGGCCUCUGCCAGUUCCGAGACCUCAACGAAGAUGUCAGCGCCUUUCAGCGCACCUACACCCAGGAAAUUCGACGCCUCGAUAACGUGGAGCGACAACUGCGAUACUUUAAUGCGCAGAUGGAAAAGACUGGCAUCGCCCUCCGCAAACUCGAUCUCGAUACCGAAAGUCUCGCCUCCCCCUCCACCACCGAGAUUGACGAGCUGUCCGAGCGCAGCGAGAAGCUCGAGCAGCGCGUGUCGGCCCUCAACGACAGCUACGAGACGCUCAAGAAGCGCGAGGGCGACCUCACCGAGUGGCGCUGGGUCCUGCGCGAGGCCGGCAGCUUCUUUGACCGCGCCCACGGCAACGUCGACGAGAUCCGCGCCUCGAUGGACAAUGAGGACGACGCCCCGCUGCUCGCCGACGUGGAACAGCACCGUGCCGCCCCCGAGAUUGAGCGCUCGUUUGGCGGCAUGAACAUUGGCUUCGUCGCCGGCGUCAUUGCCCGCGACCGCGUCGCCGCCUUUGAGCGCAUCCUCUGGCGCACCCUCCGCGGCAACCUGUACAUGAACCAGUCCGAGAUUCCCGAGCCGCUCAUCAACCCGGUCAACAACGAGGCCGUCGACAAGAACGUCUUCGUCAUCUUUGCCCACGGAAAGGAGAUCAUUGCCAAGAUCCGCAAGAUCUCCGAGUCGAUGGGUGCAGAGGUGUACAGCGUCGAUGAGAACAGCGACCUGCGUCGCGACCAGAUCCACGAGGUCAACAGCAGGCUCCAGGAUGUGCAGAAUGUGCUCCAGAACACGCAGGCUACCCUCCAAGCCGAGCUCAACCAGAUCUCGCAGUCGCUGUCGGCUUGGAUGGUGCUCAUUGCCAAGGAAAAGGCCGUCUACAGCACUCUCAACCUCUUUUCCUACGACAGAGCCCGUCGUACUCUGAUUGCCGAAGGUUGGUGCCCGACCAAUGACCUGGCUCUUAUUAGGUCAACUCUGCAAGACGUCACCAACCGCGCUGGCCUUUCGGUCCCUUCCAUCAUCAACGAGAUUCGCACCAACAAGAAGCCUCCCACAUACCUCAAGACCAACAAAUUCACUGAGGGUUUCCAGACCAUUGUCAACGCCUACGGCACUGCCUCGUACCAGGAAGUCAACCCCGCCAUGCCUGUCAUUGUCACUUUCCCUUUCCUCUUCGCCGUCAUGUUUGGUGAUUUCGGUCACGCCGUCAUCAUGCUGUCUGCUGCGCUAGCCAUGAUCUACUGGGAGCGCUCGCUCAAAAAGGUCACCUUUGAACUGUUUGCCAUGGUUUUCUACGGACGUUAUAUCGCCCUAGCCAUGGCCGUCUUCUCUCUAUUUACCGGUCUCAUCUACAACGAUGCUUUCUCCAAAUCCAUGACGCUGUUCACCAGUGCGUGGGAAUUCAAGGUGCCCGAGGGCGGCUUUAAGGAGGGCGCCACGAUUGAGGGCACCCUCAACAGCGACGGGUACCGUUACCCGUUCGGUAUGGAUUCCGCUUGGCAUGGUACCGACAACGAUCUUCUAUUCAGCAACAGUUACAAGAUGAAGAUGAGUAUCCUGCUGGGUUGGGCUCACAUGACUUAUUCCCUGAUCUUCGCCUACAUCAACGCCAGGCACUUCCGCAAGCCCAUUGACAUUUGGGGCAACUUUGUUCCCGGCAUGAUCUUUUUCCAGUCCAUUUUCGGCUAUCUCAUUGUCUGUAUCAUUUACAAGUGGACUGUGGAUUGGGAAGCCAUUGAGAAGCCUGCUCCUGGUCUGUUGAACAUGUUGAUUUACAUGUUCCUGCAGCCCGGCACUCUCCCCAACGGAGAGCGUCUCUAUGCCGGACAAGAAUAUGUACAAGUCGGUCUGCUUCUUCUGGCGUUUGCCCAGGUCCCCGUUCUGCUCUUCCUGAAGCCUUUUUACCUCCGCUGGGAGCACAACCGCGCUCGUGCCAAGGGCUACCGCGGCAUCGGCGAGACUUCCCGCGUUAGCGCCCUGGACGAUGACGAUGAGGGCCAGGGUCUGAUUCCCGGAGGCGGCCACGGAAAUAGUAUUGACGAUGGCGAAGGUGUCGCCAUGAUUUCGCAAAACGUCGACGAGGAGCAUGAAGAGUUUGAAUUUAGCGAGGUCAUGAUUCACCAAGUCAUUCACACUAUUGAAUUCUGCCUGAACUGUGUGUCCCACACUGCUUCGUAUCUGCGUCUCUGGGCUCUCUCUCUUGCCCAUCAGCAGCUCAGCGUCGUGCUGUGGACCAUGACGAUUGGUCUCUGCCUGCCCAUGACUGGUGUUGUGGGUGUCAUUGCCAUUGUCAUUGGUUUCUACUUGUGGUUCUUCCUCACCAUUGCCAUUCUUGUAUGCAUGGAAGGAACCAGUGCCAUGUUGCACUCGCUGCGUCUGGCGUGGGUCGAGUCCUUUUCCAAGUUUGCUGAAUUCGCGGGAUGGCCGUUUGUGCCGUUUUCGUUUGCGGCCCUCUUGGAAGAGUCGGAAGAGCUCAAGGAGUACCUGGGAUAA